UUUUCGGCCAAGGUCUAUCCCCUCUCUGUUUCAAGUCCCUUUGCGCGUCUUGCACACAAGUCUCCAGACCGUGUUCCCUCCGCUACUCUCGUCGUCUUUGUUGUCUUCCAGCUUCCCUCCUUCGCUGCUUCUGCCCAAUACGCAGUCGCUCUCCUCCCCUACCUCCCCGUCCAUGCGAAAACGCCAGCGUAUGGAACAAAUGUCUGCAGCAAAUCCAGCUCAACAAGAACAUCAUAUUCUCAAUUCCGGCGCAGGUGUCGGUGACGACGCGUUCAUUAACGAUCACGAUGCAGUCGACUCUGCCGGUGACGAUGAGGACGAGGACGAUAAACCAAAGACCGACAAGAAAGCUGGUCGGCGUAAGAUCAAGAUCGAGUUCAUUCAAGACAAGUCCAGACGUCAUAUAACUUUCUCAAAAAGGAAAGCUGGCAUUAUGAAAAAGGCAUAUGAACUUUCUACCCUUACUGGGACACAGGUCCUUCUCCUCGUCGUCUCCGAGACCGGCCUCGUUUACACCUUCACCACUGCCAAACUACAACCCCUCGUCACCCAGCCUGAAGGCAAGAACCUUAUUCAGGCAUGUCUCAACGCACCCCAUGGCACCCUGCCCUCUACCAUGCCAGUAGGUACUCCUCUGGGGCGGUCUGCCAAUGUUGGUCCGGGUUCAGGGCCAUCGAGCAAUAUUCCUGGCGGUCUCUCUAUAGGCCAGUCGGGUGGUGGUGGCGGUGUCAAGGAAGACGACGAAACUGGCCAAGACGACGACGAAUCUGUUCGAGGUGGCAGAGCAUCAACUGGUGACAAACGUCGACGUGCUUCCUCCAAUGCAACUCCACCAAACUCUCGAGGCCCUCCCACCUCUCCUCAUGCCGCCAACUCCUCUAUCCCUCCUCCGCUCAGUAUCCCACCCGGUUCUACUACAUCUUCUCAACCCACAUCUGCUCAUCCUCAAGGCCCUCCUCAGCCUCAGAUGAAUCUCGGUUCACCCACAUCCCCACAACAAUCUCACAACACUGUCCCAGGUUCAUCAUCAGCUCCCUACUCGCCCUCCUACCCUCAUCCUCAUGCCCCCCACUCCCAUCAUCCCUCCCAAGGCACCGAUAGUGGCAUGUAUGGCACCUCACAACAUAUGAUGUCCGGUGGAUAUUCGUAUGGUGGAGGGCAGCCAGCUCCUCCCGGUGGUCAGUUAUCGGGUCUAGCCAAUGCAGCCCAGCAACAUGGCCAUUGGUCGCCUCCUCCUCCUCCCCAGCAGUCGGUGACCGGUCAGGGCGGUCAUUACACGCGACGAUAGUGUGUAGUCCUAGAUUUAAAAAAAACAACCUUUUUCCUUCUUUCUGUUUUUUUCAGGUGGAAUGCUGUAUUGGGCUACCCAUUGUAUGAUGAUUAUUCAUUUUUAUGCUUUGCCUUCUACAAGAUGCAAAGGGAGAGCCAGACAUCCGCCCUCAACCCUAAACUGUAUUACUUGUUCUCUUUUAUCUUUUGUCCUUCAUAUAUCCUUAGUUACCUGUUCGAUAAACAUAGUGCUUUAUCGCCCCCUACUUCGUACAAUCCCCCCUCGACGCUGUUUUGUGCUUUCUUGCCUAGUGUUCUUCUGUGUUGUUCUCGCCUUUAGGUUAGUUAUGCGAUUUAUACUUUUUUUGGUCUCAAAUGAUUUCACGCCUUUGCCCACUUUCGAAAGCAUAUCGUUUGAGAACAUCCCAUACAAGUUCACGUUAAACGCGAUCACGUGUGAUAGCUAUGAUUUGCUCUUCCCCU